AUGCUAGCUAAAAGCCUCAAACCAAUUGUCCAACGUGGAUUAUCAUUAACUAUGAGAAAUUCAUCUAAUUUGGCUGCUGUUAAAGUAAAUGAUAGACCAGACCCUGACUUAGUCCUUGUUGAUAUCGCAGAAUAUGUCCAUCACCAUAAAAUAGAUUCCAAAUUGGCCUUCGACACCGCUAGGUAUUGCUUGCUGGAUACAUUGGGAUGUGGGCUUGCUGCGUUAAAAUAUAACCAAGUUCAGAACAUGAUCAAACCAAUUGUUCCCGGAAUGAUAGUUCCAAAUGGUGUAAAGGUUAUUGGUACGGACCAUGUGAUGGACCCCAUUAAAGGCGCCUUUGCAAUUGGCACCAUUAUCCGUUGGCUUGAUUUCAAUGAUUGCUGGCUUGCUGCUGAAUGGGGUCACCCAUCGGAUAACUUAGGAGGGAUUCUAGCUGUUGCCGAUUAUGAAUCCAGAUUGUAUAAGGCUACGGAAGGAAGGGAAGGGAAACUGUUUAAAGUAAGGGAUGUUCUUACAGCAAUGAUUAAAGCACAUGAAAUCCAAGGUGUAUUUGCUUUAGAUAAUUCUUUUAAUAGAGUCGGUCUAGAUCAUGUCAUACUUGUCAAAGUGGCUACUACAGCUGUCGUUUCUCAAAUGCUGGGACUGACAAGUGAACAAACCAUCGAAGCUGUUUCGCAAGCCUUUGUCGAUGGUCAGUCUUUGAGAACUUAUAGACAUGCUCCUAAUACAGGUUCUCGAAAAUCAUGGGCCGCAGGAGAUGCUGUUUCCAGAGCGGUGAAUUUAUGUUACCUGGUUAAAAAUGCUGGAGUUGGAACCAUUCCCUCUGUGUUAACUGCAAAGACGUGGGGAUUUUACGAUGUAUUAUUCAAAGGUGAGGCAUUCCAUUUCAAUCAAAGAACUUCAUUUGAGUCGUACGUAAUGGAGAAUAUAUUAUUCAAAAUUUCUUUCCCAGCAGAAUUCCACGCGCAAACAGCGGUUGAAUGUGCAAUGAUCGCUCACAACAUGUUGAAGGAAAAGAACAAGACCUACAAAGAUAUUAAAUCUGUUCGGAUUAGAACUCAAGAAGCUGCUGCUCGUAUUAUCGACAAAGAUGGUCCAUUAUAUAACUAUGCUGACAGGGAUCACUGUAUUCAAUAUAUGACGGCUAUUCCUCUGAUAUAUGGUAGAUUAACCGCAGAAGAUUAUACCGACGAAGUUGCUGGUAACCCAGACAUCGAUGCUCUUCGUGCCAAGAUGUACUGUGAAGUUGACGAUACUUUUACAGCAGAUUAUCACCACCCUGACAAGAGGUCCAUACCCAACGCAUUGCUAAUUGAACUUGAAGACGGCACAACACUGGAUGAAAUAGUUGUUGAAUAUCCUGUCGGACAUAAAUUCAGAAGAGAAGAAGGUAUCCCAUUAUUGAUGAACAAGUUUAAAAAUCUUUUGAAUGGUCACUUCAAAGAUAAUAGCAAAGCAGAGAACAUCUAUUCAGUUAGCACAAAAGAUGAUUUCGAUAACUUAGAUAUCGACGAUUAUGUUGACUUGUACUGUUAA